AUGGGCGACCACAUCCUCUUCUGCUAUGGAACCCUGAUGGCACCACAAAUGCUCCAUCGCGUAAUCCACGGUAGUCCCAAUCCAGAACCCUGGCAAAAAUCUCUCAUCCGCUUCCAACCCGCCCUCCUCCAUGGCUAUCGACGCCACCGAGUGCGGGGCGCAGACUAUCCGGGGAUCGUGGCCGAGUCCGACCCGGAGUCUACAUCAGACACCGCCGUUCUAGGCGUACUCGUCUAUGGUUUAACGGACGGUGACAUUUAUCGACUGGACAAGUACGAGGGGAGCGAGUAUGUCAAGGAAACUGUGAAAGUGCGCACGGCGCGUGCGUCGGCACAGGGGGCCUCGAAGGAAGAGGGAGAUGUUACUUCGGAAAGGCAGCUGAGGGAUAUGCUGAUUGCUGCUGGGUCGCAGGUUAUUGAUGAAGGGGAAGAAGUUAUGGCUGCUACUUAUGUGUGGAUUGCAGGGAAGGAGAGGCUGGAGGCGGUGGAGUGGGAUUUUGAGACGUUUAAACGGGAUAAACUUGCGUGGUGGGUUGGGGCGAAAGAGAGUGAGUGGUAG